UUGUAGAAAUAUAUCAAUUCAUUUAGAGAGCAAACAGUCCAAGCAAAGUUAUGGCUCAGUCAUUGUCUCCAAUUGCAGCAGCUACGACAUUGGCCCCAAUAUCAACCAAGAAAAGCAUCCCUUUGGCUUUUCAUGAUAAAAAAUUGGAUACAACUCUUCUCUCUCGCAGGAGUCUUGCGUUGGGCUUGGCCGGAGUUGCGCUAAAUGCAGGUAACAACAAUGCAAAUGCUGCAGCAAGAAGGCCUCCACCACCCCCACCCACAUCAGAGGAGAAAAAGGACCCAAAUAUGAGUGGUGUCAUGGCUAAAGUAUUAGCUAGCAAGAGAAGAAAGGAGGCGAUGAAAGAAUCCAUAGCCAAGCUAAGGGAGAAAGGGAAGCCUGUCAAAGAACCAUCUCAAUAGUAAUUUGUAACCAAUAUUAUGUAUUAAGACAAUUGAUGUGUUGCAUGCUUGCUCUUCUUUACAUUGUUGAAAUUAUUAGAAGUCAAAUGCAAUCAAUAAUGAGAUCAAAAAAUAAGAAAAAACGUACUGCAUUCACUUUGUUUAUACUCAUGAAAAUGAAAAAGAAGAUUUUUGAA